AUGUCUUCCCUACGCUGCCGUCCCUGGCGGGCACUGGAAUCCCUCCAGCAAGGCCCCAUUCUCGCGCAAUCCCCACGCACCCGACUCCCAACCCACCACCUCUCCCUCAGCAAGCGCACCAUCAGCACGAGCAACGCCCGCUCAAACAGCACAGCCACCCCAUCCCCAACCCCGAAAACCACUCCAUCUCAACCCCGAUCAACAUCCUACACCCCCUCCCAGCCCAAGCCCACCAUCUCUACCUCAACACCUUCCCGCCAAACAACAGAUAAUAUCUCCAAAAGCGGCCUCGCCGACAAACCCCUCGACAUAAUCAGCGCCGCUGAAGAGAAAAUCGACUGGACGCGCUCUUUCCACGGUCUAUCCGCCGAGCCAUUCCCAGAAAAGGCAGCGAAAAUCCUUCUCGCCGAGAUCGAUCCUCACCAGGUGGAGAUCAAGCCCGAUGGAAUCGUCUAUCUACCCGAGAUCAAGUAUCGUCGUGUACUGAAUCAGGCAUUCGGGCCUGGAGCUUGGGGUCUUGUUCCUAGGAGUGAAAGUAUUGUUACCCCGAAGACUGUCACGAGGGAGUAUGCACUUGUUUGUCAUGGGCGACUCGUCUCCGUUGCUCGUGGAGAACAGGAUUACUUCUCCCCUGAUGGAAUCCCCACUGCGACGGAAGGAUGUCGGUCUAAUGCGCUAGUGCGUUGUUGCAAGGAUCUGGGCAUUGCGAGCGAGCUUUGGGAUCCGAGAUGGAUUCGGAAGUAUAAGGCUCAGUAUGCGCGGGAGGUGUUUGUGGAGCAUAUCGUUAAUAAGAAGAAGUCGAAGAUUUGGAUUCGGAAGGAUGAUACGGUUGGGUAUCCAUGGAAGGAGACUGGGAGUAAAUAG